AUGAGUGAGGAAGAUGUUCAAAAGAUGCUGCAGCAGGCACAGAUGCUGGAGGGCUACUACGCAGAGCUGGUGCAGCGAGAGGAGUCCAUGUACGGCAUCAUCCGUGACACUGCAGCUGCCAUCGAGGCGGUAAGGGCGAUAAGCGGCGAGGCGGAGACGGAGACCCUGCUGCCUGUGGGGCAGGGGACCUUUGUGAAGGCAAAGAUCUCGCCUGCCGACAAGCUGGUUCUGAAUGUGGGCGCCGGCGUUGUGCUGGAGAAGGACUCUGCGUACACUCUGAAUUAUCUUGAAGCGCGGCUAAAGGAGAUCGAUGCGGGCUUGAGGGAUGUGUCCGCAAGAAGGCAGCAGAUCGGAGAGCAGCUGGAGAGUACCAGGCAGCAGAUGACCCGGAUGAUCCAGCCCGCACAAAAAUAA